UACGGGGGGAUGCUGAAGACGCGAGCCAGAGGGAUGGGGAUUAGAAAGGGGGGUCCAAGGUUUACCGCCAACGAUAUAAACUCAUCCACUUUGGACACUAAAUCAGUCAAGUUUUUUGUUUCAUCAUGAAGGUAUUCGUGUGUCUUCUAGUUGUGGCCGUUGCGGCAGGCUUCGCUGAAGCUGGUUACCUCGGCGGCGGCGGUGGCGGCUUGGGAGGCGGCUAUGGCGGCGGUUACGGCGGUGGAUACAGCGGAGGCGGCGGUGGCUGGCGUUCUGGAGGCGGCGGUGGCGGAUGGAAAGGCGGUUUUGGAGGCGGCGGCUACAGCGGAGGCGGCGGUUUCGGAGGCGGUGGUUUUGGAGGAGGCUAUGGAGGCGGUAGCACCGUGAAAGUUAUCAAAGUCGUCGUACCCAGCGGCGGCGGUUUCGGAGGCGGUUAUGGAGGCGGUGGUUAUGGAGGCGGCGGUUACGGAGGCGGCGGAUAUGGAGGCGGCGGCUAUGGAGGCGGCUGGAGAUCCGGCGGCGGCGGCGGCGGUUGGAAAUCAGGCGGAGGAUGGUGGUAAAUAUGAAUACAACCAUUUCCUUCUAGCUGAAAGACCUUCCUUCAAAUCGUCAUAGUCUACAUCGCUCCAAAAUUUCAUUUCAUUCUUGUACAUUUUUGUAAAUUGUAAAUUUUACUAUAAUAUACUAUUUUUUAUAA